UGCAGACUGUGGACUCUCAGUAAACACUGACAGUUAGUCAUUAACACAGCAGAAACAGAGCAAACCAUCGUCUGUGUCCACGGCUUCGACUCUUCACACGUUUAACUGGCAUCAUGUCCCGCCUCGUCCUCUACGCGUCCGUCAUCGUCACUCUGUGGUCGGCGUCAGUGCUCAGUCUGUCAGUGUUCUCGGACGCUCCGGAGGCUCACAUGCUGCUCCGCUCUCGUCGGGCGAACUCCUUCCUGGAGGAGCUGAAACCUGCUUCAAUGGAGCGCGAAUGUGUGGAAGAGAAAUGUGACUUUGAAGAAGCUCGAGAGAUUUUCCAAACCAGGGAAGCUACACUGGAGUUCUGGACAGUGUACACAGAUGGGAACCAGUGUCACUCCAACAUGUGUGUUCACGGGGCCUGUGUGGAUCAGUAUCAAGACUACGCCUGCCGCUGUCACCGUGGAUAUGAGGGCAAAUACUGCGACCAACCUCAAACCGCCACUAACUGCUCGGUGGAUAACGGCGGCUGUGACCACGACUGUUCAGAGAGCAAGGACGGCCAAACGAGGAGCUGCGGCUGCGUGAGCGGAUACAAACUGCACGACAACUCCAAGAAAUGUGACCCGAAAGGUCCCUCGUCCUGCGGUCAGCUGCUGAUCAGCAGGUCGUCGUACACCAAACCGAAGGACGGCCUCCUUCCCUGGAUGGUGGGAGGGGAGGUGGGAAAGAAGGGGGAGAGUCCCUGGCAGGUGCUGUUACUGAACGCCAGAGGUCGUUUUCACUGCGGUGGCGUCCUCAUCGAUGCGAGCUGGGUCCUGACCGCCGCCCACUGCCUCGACAACACCCUGAGAUUCAGAGUACGACUGGGUGACUACGAGCGCCACAGAGACGAAGGCACCGAGGUGACCCUGAGGGCCAUUAAGGCCUUCAAACACCCGAACUACGACAGCAGGACGGUGGACAACGACAUCGCCCUGCUGCGUCUGGAGACCCCCGUCCCCUUCUCCAAGUACAUCGUCCCCGUGUGUCUGCCGGGGCGCGAGAUGGCAGAGCGGGUGCUCCACGUGAACGGGACCCCCACCGUGGUCAGCGGCUGGGGCAAAGACAACUUGGACAGCUCCAAGUUCAGCUCGGCGCUCAACGUCAUCAAAGUCCCGCUGGUCGACAACAGAAUCUGCGCCCGCCAGAUGUCCCACAACAUCUCCAACAACGUCAUCUGCGCCGGGGUCCUCGGACAGAGGAUGGACGCCUGCGAGGGGGACAGCGGCGGACCGAUGGUCACUCUGUACCGAGACACCUGGUUCCUGAUCGGCCUGGUGUCCUGGGGUGAGGGCUGCGGCAGGGAGGACAAGCUGGGCAUCUACACCAAGGUGUCCAACUAUAACGACUGGAUCAAAGGGGUGCGUGACGAAUGGGACAAAGCUAACCAUCCGGUUCAACCCCCAAGUGUCUGAACCGCCUCAACCCCCAACAGCUGAUCCAGUCUGGUCUGUUAAACCCACAUUAAGGUCUCAGUACAGCAGAGAUGUAACACACUUUCUAAAUAAACGGAUUCUGUCUCAA